UAUAGCGGACUAUGGAAGUACGUAAUUAUGUAAUAUUGCCUACAUACUCUUAAAUGUUUCGUGCAGGUAUAACAACACAUUUUCUCUAAUUCAGUUAAAAUAUGUAAUUCAUUCCGAUCGGUUUAUUUUAAAAUGGUUAAUAUUUUUAAAAAGGUCGAUAACUCAUCGCCGUUUGAAACUGAUCCGUUACUAAAACCCAAGGCAGAAAAACAAUCAUUUUGGAAGAAACCAUGGUUUACCCUUUUUAUAGUAAUAUUAAUAAUUGUUAUUACUGCAACUAUUAUAGUAUACAUAUUUUGCCAUAAAAAUGGUUCACCAAAUACCAAUAGUUUUGUCGGAUUGGAGGCAAAUGCUGCUAUAUUUAAAGCACAUCCAACCUCUAGGUUGUCAAGCUUAGCUACAACUAAUGAAGACUACUUCAAACAAUGUGCCCCAGUUGUUACCUGUAACCCAAACGAUAAAUACAGGACAUACAAUGGUUCGUGCAACAAUUUGCAGAACCCUAGCUGGGGUGCAGCAUUAACACCAUUUUACCGGCUGAUGAAUGCCGAGUUCGAUGAUGGUAAUAAUACGUUUAGAGUUCAAUUGGACGGAAAACCAUUGCCUAGUGCUAGGCUAGUAGGUUUAAAAUUAUUUUAUAUGAGAGAAAUCCAUAACUUUGAUCAUGCCAAUAAUGAGUUAUUAGUUCCAUGGGGACAAUUUUUGACACAUGAUGUAUCGUUUUAUCCUGAUGAUAUUCGAAAUGCUACUACUCCAGCUGAUUUGGAUCAUUGUUUUGAAAAAGACAAAACCAAAAUUCCUUUUGAAUGUUCAACCAUCAUACCAAUAGCAGCAGACGACCCAGUAUAUGGCCCAUACAAUGUAUCACUGUUUAAAUUUGUUCGAUCUAUGCCUUCUGUGAAUUUUAGUUGUCCACUAACACCCAGAACUAUCCUCAAUAGAAAUACACAGUAUAUAGAUGCAUCUCACGUAUAUGGUUCAGACGAAAAAAUAGCUGAUGGUCUUCGAACAUUUGAAAAUGGUAAACUUCGGUCACGGAUAUUAGAAAACGAAGAAUAUUGUCCACAGAACCCUGAUUCAGAAUUUAAAGAUGGUCCGUUAGGAAAAUCUAAUAUUCAAUUCGCUGCAGGCGAUAAAAACGUCAAUCAGAAUUUGGCUAUUGCAUUGUUUCAAAAUUUAUUUUUGAGAUAUCACAACCAUUUGGCUGAUGAACUUCAUAUAUUAAACCCAUCAUGGUCCGACGAAAGAGUUUACCAAGAAACUCGCAGAAUCGUUGGUGCAAUUAUACAAGUUAUAACAUAUGAUGAUUUCUUGCCAAUUAUUCUAGGAGACGAAUACAUGAAAGAGUAUGGACUGACCGGACAGACUACCUAUGAUCCUUCAAUUAAUUCAGCAUUAGCACAAGAGAUGACAAGUGGUGCAUUUCGAGCUGUCCACAACAUUAUUCCCGCUAAAUUCAACUUUAUAAGUGCAAACUAUUCAGUCGUUGAUGAAGUAGAGCCUUCCAGAAUAUUACUGCAGCCAGACUUGCUUGUAGGAAAUUUCGAUAACAUGCUACGAGGGUUUUUGGAAACGCCAGGCCGUGCUGUACAACCAUCUUACAAUAGUCUGAUUACGAAUAUCGUGUUUAAAAUACCAAAUUUAAAUGGAUACUCAGGAUUUGAUUUACUGUCUUACGAUAUUCAAAGAGGCAGAGAUAAUGGACUUCCACCAUAUAACAAAAUAAGAUACAUUUGUGGAUUAAAAAAAGCAAAUACAUUUAACGACUUAUCUGAUUUAAUUUCUCUGGAGGAUAUUGAAACUUUGAAAUCGUUAUAUUCAACUGUACAUGACAUAGACUAUAUUGUUGGUGCACUAUUGGAAAAACCCAGAAACGGUUCAAUGGUUGGCCCAUCAACUGCGUGUAUAAUUGGAGACAGUUUCUACAGGUUUAAACAUGGUGAUCGUUUCUUUUAUGAUAUUCUAGGACAACCAGGAAGCUUCACCCCAGCACAAAUUGAAACAUUGAAAAAAAUCACCCUUAGUCACAUUAUGUGUACAUCAUCAAACUUGGAUCACAUGCAAAAGAAAUCAUUUAGAUUUGUUGACCAUAAGUGGAUGUCAAGUAUUAAGUAUAGCUGUAAAUCAUAUAAGCUGGACUUAUCGCCAUGGAAGGAUUUUUCAUAAAAAUUGUAUCAUAACAUAACAUACUUUUGAUGUAAUCGUACCUUUUUUUAAAUAUCAAUGAUUGUACAAUAACUAAAAUUUUAGUAUAAAAAUAUUAAAUAAUUUGUUGUCCUUCUCCAAAAUAUACAUUUUAAAUCUCAAAACACAUUUAUAAAAUAUUUAUAAAUAUAUAUAAUAAAAUAGUGCAUUCAAAAUAUUACAGUUAAUACAUUUUCUACAUUAAAUUCCAAGUGGUGUAAGAAAUAUAUCAUCUAUAACAAUGUUAUUUUUUAGUUUGAAAUACUUAGUUUUAUUAGUUAUUGUUGUGAGCAUCCAUUUGAUGGAAAAAAAUAAAUUAAAAAAAAAACACACAUCAUUGUAAAAUCAAUACAUUCAUUACUUCGUUCAGAAUCUAAUAAAAUUCCUAACUCCUGUAUACUAUGUAAUCCAAUCUCAAUAAAAUAUGUUAUACAUUUUGUAA